AUGUCAGCCGUCAAGCCGAAAACUGCACCUCCUCCCACCUCCCACGUCCUGCUCUCGUACCCGGCCGACUAUGUCCUUCUCGUUACCAUUAACCGCGAGAAGCAGAUGAACAGCAUCCCCUUUGCCGGGCACCAGGAAAUGGGACAGGUGUUUGACUGGUUCGACAGAGAAGAGAACCUGCGCUGUGCCAUAAUCACUGGUGCUGGAAAGAGGAGCUUCUGCGCUGGACAAGAUUUGAUCGAGCUGGGCAGAAUCAGAAGUGGGAAGAGCGACGUGAACCCGGGGCUAAUGAGGCACCCUGUAAGCGGCUUCGCUGGUCUCAGCAGAAGGGCUGGCAAGAAGCCCGUCAUUGCUGCUGUGAAUGGGUUCGCACUUGGCGGAGGCUUUGAGAUUGUACUUGGCUGCGAUUUGGUCGUCGCUGCACCAAACGCUACCUUUGGUCUCCCAGAAGCUUUACGCGGUAUCUUUGCUGGUGCUGGAGGUCCCGCACGACUCGUCCGCAUUGUCGGCUUACCAGUAGCAUCUGAGAUGGCACUGACUGGGAAGCCGAUCACUGCGCAGCAGGCGAAGGAGCUCCGUAUCAUCAACCGCAUCUCGCCGUCACAGGACACGGUCGUUGACGAGGCUCUGAAGCUGGCGCAGGAGAUUGCUGCGAUUUCACCAGAUGCAGCGAUUGUAACUCGCGCAGCGUUGAAGGAUAGUCUUGAGCAUGGAAGCGUAGAGCGCGCUACACAGCUUACCAUCGAGCGAUUCAACGAUGCCCUGCAGUCUGGCGAGAAUGCGCUGGAGGGCUUGACCGCCUUUGCGCAGAAGAGGAAGCCGGACUGGAAGCCGUCCAAACUGUAG